CCUGUAGAUCCAAGAGAAGGUCCUGGAAGGCCUCCAUUAGAUGGUAGGGAUCAUUUUGGAAGACCUCCUGUAGAUAUAAGAGAGAACCUUGUGAGGCCGGGUAUGGAUCAUCUUGGUCGAAGAGACCAUUUUGGCUUUAAUCCAGAGAAGCCCUGGGGGCAUAGAGGAGAUUUUGAUGAGAGAGAGCAUCGAGUUCUACCUGUCUUUGGUGGUCCAAAAGGCUUACAUGAAGAAAGAGGUAGAUUUCGGCCUGGAAACUAUAGGUUUGACCCCAGAAGUGGUCCUUGGAACAGAGGAUUUGGACAAGAAGUUCACAGGGAUUUUGAUGAUCGCAGAAGACCCUGGGAGAGGCAGAGGGAUAGAGAUGACAGAGAUUUUGAUUUCUGCAGAGAAAUUAAUGGAAAUCGUCUUGGACGAGACAGAAUUCCAAACACCUGGGUCCCACCUCCUCAUGCUCCUCGGGUUUUUGAUUAUUUUGAAGGGGCCACUUCUCAACGAAAAGGUGAUAAUGUGCCUCAGGUCAAUGGUGAAAAUACAGAGAGACAUGCUCAACCACCUCCUUUACAAGUACAGAAUGAUCCUGAACUUUAUGAAAAACUGACGCCUUCAAGUGAGAUAAACAAGGAGAAGAGUGACACAGUUGCUGAUAUAGAAAGUGAACCAGUGGUAGAAAGCACAGAAACUGAGGGGACAUAAUCAUCACUCACCAACCUUAUAGCCAAAGUGAAGAGGCAGGUUCAAAUGGGGAACUCCGAGAGUCAGUACACCCUUCAAGGAUCUAAAAACCACAGCACUGCUGUUCCUGGUGCUAAACAAAAGCCUUGCUCCCUGAAAAUCCGCAGCCUCCACGCCAAGGAUGAGAAGUCAUUGCAUGGGUGGGGUCACGGGAGCAGUGGGGCGAGCUACAAGUCCAGGUCCCUAGCCCGCAGCUGCCUUUCUCACUUCAAGACUAACCAGCCUUAUGCAUCCAGGCUCAGUGGACCCACCUGCAAAGCAUCCAAAGGCAUUGGCUACUCCAAGCACAGGACAAAUGCCUCAGGGAACGAGUCCCAGGGCAAUAAUGCUGCUUUCUGCCCUGAGAACAGUGUCCACUAUUCUGGCCACCAGUCAGCAGAUCACCUUAUCCCCUCUCACGACUGCAACGGACACCUCCUCAACUGCUAUGGGAAGAAUGAGAGUGUUGCGUCCACUCCACCAGGUGAAGACCGGAAGAGCCCCAAGGUGCUGAUCAAAACACUGGGGAAGCUGGAUGGGUGUUUAAGGGUUGAAUUUCACAACGGUGCCAACCACAGCAAAGUGCCUACAGAGAGCACCAGGGGACCCGUGCAGCUGCUGAGAUAUUCGCCUGCCUUAGAGUCAGACACCUCCCAUGGGCCUGACGCCAGGAGGAGCUCUAGCACCGAGUACCCGUCCGGCCAUCGCCUUUCUCCUACAGACUCUCGCCUGCGGUCCAGUAAAGGCAGCUCCCUGAGUUCUGAGUCGUCCUGGUAUGACUCCCCAUGGGGCAACGCUGGGGAGAUGAGCGAACUAGAGGGCUCCUUCCUGGCCCCUAGCACCCCUGACCCCAGCCUCCAUGCCAGCUUCCCCCCAGGUGAUGCCAAAAAGCCUUUCAGCCAAAGUGCUUCCCUCUCCUCACUCCGGGACCUGUACCCUUCCUCGGGGAUCCGGCUUUCUGAUGAGUACAUUGGCACGCACCCCGGCCUCAGCAACCGUGUCUCCUUUGCCUCUGACAUCGAUGUGCCUUCCAGAGUGGAGCACAGGGACCCCGGCCAGUACAGCUCUUUCACUCUCCCCUGCCGGAAGUCCAAAGCCUUAACAGAGGAAACUUCUAAGAAGGACACCCUGAAAUCUCGAAUGCGGCGGAUCAGCGACUGGACGGGAAGCCUCUCACGGAAGAAAAGGAAACUCCAGGAGCCCAGGCCCAAGGAGGGCAGUGACUUUGACAGCCGCUCCGAUGGACUGAGCGUGGACAUGCAGGUGCCUUCCCAGCUGUCAGCUUUGCUGUGGUCAGGGGGUUCGGCGCAGGGCCUGCCUCAGAGGAGCGAGUCCACGAGUGCCAUCGGCAGCGAUCCCCUGCAGCAGAGCAUUUACGAGAACUUCAUGCGGGAGUUGGAGAUGAGCAGGCCCGGCACAGAGAACGCAGAGACGUCCACAGAAACGGCCGAGUCCGGCAGCGAGUCCCUCGGCUCCUUGGAGCAGCUGGAUCUCCUCUUUGAGAAGGAGCAGGGAGUGGUCCGCAAAGCUGGGUGGCUGUUCUUCAAGCCCCUUGUUACUUUGCAGAAGGAGAGAAAGCUGGAGCUGGUGGCCCGGAGGAAGUGGAGACAGUACUGGGUGACGCUCAAAGGCUGCACCCUGCUGUUUUAUGAGACCUACGGGAAGAAUCCCACUGAUCAGAGCAGUACCCCUCACUGUGCUCUGCUUGCCGAAGACAGCAUCGUGCAGUCUGUCCCAGAGCACCCCAAGAAGGAGAACGUGUUCUGCCUCAGCAACUCCUUUGGAGAUGUCUACCUUUUCCAGGCCACUAGCCAGACGGAUCUGGAGAACUGGGUCACUGCCGUACACUCAGCUUGCGCGUCCCUUUUUGCCAAGAAGCACGGGAAAGAGGACACAGUCCGGCUCCUGAAGAACCAGACGAAAAGCCUGCUUCAGAAGAUCGCUACGGACAGCAAGAUGAAGAGGAUGGCUGGGCUGCAGCUGUCGGUGGUGAGCGACCCGAGGAACCGGAGAGCCAUAGAGAACCAGAUCCAGCAGUGGGAACAGAAUCUGGAGAAAUUCCACAUGGACCUUUUCAGGAUGCGGUGCUAUCUGGCCAGCCUCCAAGGUGAGGAGUUGCCGAACCCCAAGAGUCUCCUGGCCGCCACCAGUCGCCCCUCCAAGCUGGCCCUGGGCAGGUUGGGCGUCUUGUCCGUGUCUUCCUUCCACGCGCUGGUUGAUGACCUUCUGCACAUAUAUAGUUCAACAGCCGAUGGUUUUCGCCGAGACAGCACGUGGGAAACGCAGGCUUAUGUCCACUUUCCGGAUAACCAGGGAGUCACUGUCGUCAUCAAGCCGGAACACAGAGUGGAAGAUAUUUUGUCUCUGGUGUGCAAGAUGAGGCAGUUGGAGCCCAGCCACUAUGGCUUACAACUUCGAAAAUUAGUCGAUGAAAACAUUGAGUGCUGUAUUCCUGCGCCAUCUGAGUACAUGCAAGACCAGGCUUACGAUGAAAUCGAAGUCUUUCCCUUAAAUGUUUACGAUGUACAGCUUACUAAGACUGGGAGCGUCUCCGACUUCGGGUUUGCAGUGACGGCCCAGGUGGAUGAGCAUCAGCACCUCAGCCGGAUAUUUAUAAGCGAUGUUCUCCCUGACGGCUUGGCAUACGGGGAAGGGUUAAGAAAGGGCAAUGAAAUCGUGACCUUAAAUGGAGAAGCCGUGGCUGACCUUGACCUGAGGCAGAUGGAGGCCCUGUUUUCUGAGAAGACCGUGGGCUUGACUCUGGUUGCGCAGCCUCUGGGCACAAAAGAAACCCUGGGUACUUCCUGGUCAGACAGUGACCUGUUCUCCACGAACCAGAAAAGUCUGCUGCCGCCGCCUAACCAAUCCCAGCUCCUGGAGGAAUUCCUGGAUAACCUGAAGAAAAGCACAGCGAAUGAUUUCAGCAAUGUCCCUGACAUCACGAUUGGACUGAAAAGGAGUCAGACGGAUGGCACCCUGGACCAGGUUCCCCACAGGGAGAAAAUGGAGCAGACGUUCAGGAGUGCCGAGCAGAUCACUGCACUGUGCAGGAGCUUUGCUGACACCCAGACGGACAGCAUGGAGGCAUCACAGGAGAGUCGGGACCCCCCGCCCCGGCCCCUGGCCCGCCACCUCUCCGAUGCAGACCGUCUCCGCAAAGUCAUCCAGGAGCUUGUGGACACAGAAAAGUCCUACGUGAAGGACCUGAGCUGCCUCUUUGAAUUGUACUUAGAGCCACUUCAGAGUGAGACCUUUCUCACACAGGAUGAGAUGGAGUCCCUCUUUGGGAGCUUGCCAGAGAUGCUAGAGUUUCAGAAGGUGUUCUUGGAGACUCUGGAGGAUGGGAUUUCAGCAGCAUCUGACUUCAACACCCUGGAGACCCCUGCGCAGUUUAGAAAGUUACUGUUUUCCCUUGGAGGCUCGUUCCUUUAUUACGCAGACCACUUCAAACUGUACAGUGGAUUCUGUGCUAAUCAUAUUAAAGUACAGAAGGUUCUAGAACGAGCUAAAACCGAUCAAGCCUUCAAGGCCUUCCUGGAUGCCCGGAACCCCACCAAGCAGCACUCCUCCACACUGGAGUCGUACCUCAUCAAGCCUGUCCAGAGGGUGCUCAAGUACCCGCUACUGCUCAAGGAGCUCGUGUCGCUGACGGACCACGAGAGCGAGGAGCACUACCACCUGACAGAAGCACUGAAGGCGAUGGAGAAAGUCGCAAGUCACAUCAAUGAGAUGCAGAAGAUAUACGAGGACUAUGGGCCCGUGUUUGACCAGCUGGUAGCAGAGCAGAGCGGAACAGAGAAAGAGGUCACAGAACUUUCAAUGGGAGAACUUCUGAUGCACUCCACAGUUUCGUGGUUGAACCCAUUUCUGUCUCUAGGAAAAGCCAGAAAGGACCUUGAACUCACUGUGUUUGUUUUCAAGCGAGCUGUCAUACUGGUUUAUAAAGAAAACUGUAAGCUGAAAAAGAAAUUGCCCUCGAAUUCCCGGCCCGCACAUGGCUCUGCUGACCUGGACCUGUUUAAAUUUCGCUGGUUGAUCCCCAUAUCCGCGCUUCAAGUCAGGCUGGGAAAUACAGCAGGGACGGAAAAUAAUUCCCUUUGGGAGCUGAUCCACACGAAAUCAGAAAUAGAAGGGCGGCCAGAGACCACCUUCCAGCUGGGCUGCAGUGACUGUGAAAGCAAAACCAACAUCGUAAAGGUGAUUCGUUCAAUUCUGCGGGAGAACUUCCGGCGCCACAUAAAGUGUGAGUUACCCCUGGAGAAAACAUGUAAGGAUCGCCUGGUUCCGCUUAAGAACCGUGUUCCAGUUUCUGCCAAAUUAGCUUCAUCCAGAUCCCUGAAAGUGCUUAAGAACUCCUCCAGCAGCGAGUGGACGGGCGAGCCUGGCAAGGGCAACUCGCUGGACUCCGACGAGGGCAGCCUGGGCAGCAGCACGCAGAGCAGUGGCUGCCGCACAGCCGAGAGCAGGCAGGACGCCAAGAGCACGUCGCCAGCAAAAUACCCACCCACACGCUUGUCAGAGCUUUCAGAUAAUCUCAUCAAAGAAAGUGAUAUUCUGAGUGAUGAGGAGGAUGACUGCCACACAGCCCUGAAGCGGGGCAGUCCCACCAAAGACAUUGAGAUUCAGUUCCAGAGACUGAGAAUCUCCGAGGAGCCCAGUGCUCACCCAGCGGGGCCGCGGCCCAGCACAGAGGCGCAGGAGGGCCAGCAGGGAGGCGAGCACCCCAAGCUGGUCCGCGGGCAUUUCUGCCCCAUCAAACGCAAAGCCAAUAGCACCAAAAGGGGCAGAGGGACCCUGCUCAAGUCACAAGUCCGUCACCAGUCCCUGGACAGUCAGUCUGAGCACGCCAGCUUCGAUUUAAACUCUGUUCUUGAGCGAGAGUUCAGUGUCCAAAGUCUCACGUCGGCUGUCAAUGAGGAGUGUUUCUACGAGGCAGAGAGCCAUGGAAAGUCAUAG